AUGCGUGCCACCGUCGCUCUCGGAAACGCUGCCCGCACUCCUCUCAUUCGGUUCCUUGGCCGCCGUUCCGUGCCUCAAUCCAUUGAUCACACUCCUCGUCCUCACCCCGCUUCUCCCUCUGGAAUUCUUCCCGACUCUUUCGCCGCCUACCGCAUCAAGGCUCAGCAGCACGGCCCCCUCGGUCGUGCUUCUUUCACUCAGGGUGCCAUCGGUCGUACCCCGGGCGCUUCUCUGGGGCCCGUUCAGCCCAAGCAGGGCGAGUUCUUCGACCGCGUCGAGCUUCCCUCUCGUUUCCACCGCCUUCCUUGGAGCGAGGCUGAGAUCGAAGCCAUUGAGACCGGUGGUGCCAGUCUCUAUGCUUAG